AAUGGACCUUCCUUGGAACAAAGAUUUGAAUCCUACUACAACUACUGUAAUUUAUUUAACUACAUCUUGAACGCAGAAGGCCCGGUCCCGUUGGAGUUACCUAACCAGUGGUUGUGGGAUAUCAUUGAUGAGUUCAUCUACCAGUUUCAGUGUUUCAGCAUCUACCGCUGUAAAGUCACUAAAAAAUCAGAGGAAGAAAUCGCCUAUCUCAGAGCGAACCCCAAGAUAUGGAAUGUACACAGUGUGCUGAAUGUUCUGCAUUCAUUGGUUGAGAAGUCGAGCAUCAACAGGCAGCUGGAGGUCUAUACCAGUGGAGGUGAUCCUGACAGCGUGGCAGGGGAGUUUGGACAACACUCUCUGUACAAAAUGUUGGGAUACUUCAGCCUUAUUGGGCUUCUGAGGCUUCAUUCUCUCCUAGGAGACUACUACCAGGCUCUCAAGUGUCUAGAGUGUAUCGACUUUAACAAGAAGAACAUGUACUCUCGAGUACCAGCCUGCCAGAUCACUACGUUCUACUAUGUUGGUUUUGCUUACUUGAUGAUGAGGCGUUACCAGGAUGCCAUUCGUACUUUCUCCAACAUCCUUCUAUACAUCCAGAGGACAAAACAGAUGUUCCAGACAAGGGCUCAGCUCUAUGAUCAGAUCUCCAAGAUGAAUGAUAAGAUGUAUACUCUGUUGGCUAUCUGCCUUGUCCUCCACCCAAUGCGUAUUGAUGAAAGUGUCCACUCACAGCUCAGGGAGAAAUUUGCUGAUAAAACAUUGCGAAUGCAGAAAGGAGACCAGGAUGAGUUCCAACAAAACUUUUCCUUUGCCUGUCCAAAAUUCCUGUCGCCGGUCCCACCCAACUAUGAUGCCAUGGCAGUCAUCAACCAUAAGGAGCCAUUUCAGCUUCAGCUGAAAGUUUUUCUUGAGGAAGUGAGACAACAGAUAGUGUUACCUACCAUACGCAGCUAUCUGAAGCUUUACACCACUCUACCAUUGACAAAGCUAGCAGUUUUCAUGGACAUGUCUGAGGAUGAGCUCCGAACUCACUUGAUGUGCUUUAAGCACAAGAUGAAGAACUUGGUUUGGACAAAGGGAACAAGUGGACUUGAUGGCGAGUUUCAAUCCGCAUCAGAAGUGGAUUUCUACAUUGACAAGGACAUGAUCCACAUCGCCGACACAAAAGUAGCUCGUCGUUAUGGAGACUUCUUCAUCAGGCAGAUACACAAGUUUGAGGAGAUCACCAAGAACUUGAAGCUUGUGAAAUAGACUGACAUGUUCAAGUGCUGAAUUAGACUUGCCUCCAUAAGGGAUGCAAAUUUUAAGAAUGACACUGUCUGGAUUGUGUUUUAUAGUAGAUGAUCAUAGGGAUUUUACCAACUCAUCUGAUGAUUCUACAUUUGGAGGAAGUCAACAGCUUUUUGUCAAGAGUUUGCAAAACUAAACACAGGAUCUGUAAAUUAAAAUCUCUAUACCAA